CACGUGCGUUCGAAGCUAUCGGUUGAGUUUCCGGGUCUGAUUCUGGUCCAUCAGAAGGAGCCUAUGAUCAAUAAUGAUCAGUAAGUGACGGAAGACUGUUGGUGACGGAGGGACUGAAGCACCUGUCUGUCAGUCAACCUGCUACCUGUGUGACGUCAUGUCCAAACAGAGGAGCGCUGCUAAAACUCUGAUCAUCACAGACGCAGAUGAGGAGGUGGAGGCAGAGGAGCUGAACCCCUUCUCCUUCAGAGAGUUUCUACGCUGGAAGAACCAGGACCCAGACCUGGACCAGGUCUCAGAACAAGACCUGGACCAGGAGCAGACACACAGAGAGGCCAGCAGCUCUCACAGGUUGUUCGAUGUUGUGACCUUUGACCCUGAAGUCAGGACCGGGUUUUUCUUGGAGCCCUCUCUGGCACCACAGGAGGAGGAAGAUUGGGGGCGGAGCAGCUUCCAGUCAGGUGUGGACAGCACCUCAUCCAUCUGUACAGAGGAAGAGGAGGAAGAAGAGGAGACCAGGUUCUCCUCCAAACCUGAAGACCAGCAGGGAGCAGCAGGAGGAGGAGCAGGAGGAGGAGCAGGAGGAGGAGCAGGAGAGAACUAUGAAGGAGAUGAUGAGACCUCUAUUGCUGAACCGGUCAUCUCCUGCAGGAGGAGGAGUGGGAGGAGCAGUCAGAUGCAGUUGAAGGAGGAGAACCUGUCCUUGAGGAGGACCAUCAGGGAGCUGCAGAGGAGAUCAGAGGUUAAUGAACGCAGAGUGAUGGAGCUGUCAGAGGAGCUGCUCCAAAGGAAGCGUCGGGAGGAGAAGGAAGCUCAGGAUCUUGAAAACAUGGUUCACUCAGUAGAGCAGAACCUCCACCUGAUGACGAAGCGAGCAGUUAAAGCAGAGAACAGUGUCUCCAAACUGAAGGUGGAGCUGCAGCAGCUGCAGGUAGAGGUAGACUCUCUGCGCUCAGAAAACGACAGUCUGAAGGCUGCUGAGUCUGAGGUCGUCAUGACAAUGAAACACAACGCCCAGGUGGCAUCUGAGUACCUGAACAAGACAGCAAGCCACGCCCACUCCUCCAUCCGUCAGCUGUUGGGGGAAGCAGAGACUCUCGUUUUGGUUUCUCAGCUGCUGCAGUCCAUCGACAAGAUUUCAAACCUGGACUCAGAGUCCUGAACUCCUCCAGACCCGGUCUGAAGACCUAAACACAUCACAGACUGAGUAAUUAAAUCUGAGGCUGAACUUGUAAAUCCUGUAUCUGAUUCUUGUUAUUAGUGAUAUAUUCACUGUUUUAUAAUAAAUAACUUUGUCAAGUCA